AUGGAAUCUCCUUCCUUGCGGCUCCACUUGAAGCCCCACCGUCUCGCCGGGAUCAGCGCGGGCGCCGCCGGCGCACUACCCAGCUCGCUUCUCUUCCCCUUCCGGGGUCGGCCCCACCGCCGGAGCGCUGGCGCCUCCUGCACUGGACGAGGCGGAUACCCGAUUGAGGAACAAGGCCGGCACAACCGGCGUCCUUUCCGGAGCGUCAUGCUGAAGGCCUACGCGGAUGGGGACUACGACUCCCUGCCGGGGGGCAUCGGCGGCGUCGCCCACGACGAAUCCCAUGCUGCCGCCGAUCUUGCGCCGACCACGGCGGCGCGGCGGACUUUUACGUCGUGGGAUAUGGCCUGCCUCUGGGUGGGGCUCGUGGUGGGAGUCCCCUCAUACUACCUCGCCGGCAGCCUCGUGGACCUCGGCAUGGCGUGGUGGCAGGGCAUUGCCACCGUCGUCCUCGCCAAUCUGAUCCUCCUCGUGCCGCUGGUUCUCACUGGGAUCCCGGGGACGAAAUACGGCAUCCCCUUCCCCGUGCUCGCGCGGUCGGCCUUCGGCGUCCACGGCGCACACGUCCCCACCCUCCUCCGGGCUCUGGUUGGCUGCGGCUGGUACGGGAUCGAGUCCUGGAUCGGGGGCGAGGCCGUCUUCCUCCUCCUGCCGGAGACGCUCAAGCAGUCGUCACUCGCCUGGAGCGAGGUCCCAUGGCUAGGAACCUCCCCGCUGGAAUUCCUCUGCUUCAUGGCAUUCUGGUCAGCCCAGCUGGUUAUCAUAUGGAAAGGGAUCGACGGGAUCCGGGAGCUGGAGAAAUACUCGGCCCCAAUCCUCAUCGUCCUCACCGCCUCCCUCCUCUGCUGGGCCUACUUCGCCGCCGGCGGCUUCGGGAACAUGCUGUCUAUGACCUCCCGGCUCUCGCCGUCGGAGUUCCCCGCCGUCUUCUUCCCUUCCCUCACAGCCAACAUCAGCUUCUGGGCCACCCUCGCCCUCAACAUUCCCGACUUCACCCGCUACGCCAGGAGCCAGAAGGACCAGAUCCUCGGCCAUGUGGGCCUCCCAGUCUUCAUGGGCCUCUUCACCUUCGUCGGCCUGGCGGUGGCGUCCUCGACGGAGACGAUCUUCGGGCACAUCAUCUCCGAUCCGAUCCGCCUCCUCGGCCAAGUCGGCGGCUUCGGCACACGGCUUCUCGCCAUACUCGGCAUCUCCCUCGCCACCAUCACCACCAACAUCGCCGCUAACGUCGUCGCCCCCGCCAACGCCCUCGUCAACCUGAGCCCCUCACUGUUCACCUUCAGGAGGGGCGCUCUCCUGACGGCGGCGCUGGGCAUCGCCUUCCAGCCAUGGCGGCUUCUCCGGACCAGCGAGAGCUUCGUCUACACCUGGCUGGUGGGCUACUCCGCCCUCCUGGGCCCGAUCGGAGGGGUAAUCCUUGCGGACUAUUACCUGAUCAAGCGCGGGGAGUUGGACCUCGCCGGACUGUACUCCACCUCCCCCCUCGGCCCCUACUACUACCGCAACGGGUGCAACCCCGCAGCCGUCGUGGCCCUGGCGGUGGGGAUACUGCCGAUCGUCCCUGGGUUCCUCUCCAAGGUUGGGCUCGUCGCGAGCACCGCCAAGGUCUUCCUCAUCGCCUACGACAACGCCUGGUUCGUCAGCACCUUCGCUUCCACGCUUGUCUACUGGCUCCUCUCCAGGGCGAACCGCAGGCCCUGA